AACAAAAAGAGACAAACGUGAAGCGCACUCUGUUAAAAAUCAAUCCUCACCUCUCCUUCCUUUCUCUGCUUUAAACCUCUUCUCCCUUAGCCACCGCCUACUACUCUCUAUCUGCACCACUCCCACACUGAAACAUAAAGAGAGAGAGAGAGAGAAAGAACAAUGAGCUUUUCUUUUGUAUAAUGAGUAGUGGACCAAAACCCUCUUCUUCCAUCAGAAGAAGAUGGCUAUCCAACACCAUGAUGAACAACAAAGCUCUUCUUUCUUGCUAGACUCUUCUCUUUACUGUGAAGAGGAGAGAUGGGAAGAGGAAGCAGAAGAAGAAGCUGAAGAGAUCUGUCAAAAUGAGAGUUUACGUGAAAUAGGUGGCAAGAAUGGAACAAGAAAGAAGAGCCCUUCUUUUUUCCCGCUUUCGUCAUUGCUUGAACAAGAUUUGUUCUGGGAAGAUGGGGAGCUUCUCUUACUCUUCUCUAAAGAAGAACAACAAUCCCAAGUCAGUGUCUACAAUAAUGAGGAAAAUACAGAUUCUUGUUUCUCUAUUUCUCGUCAAGAGGCUGUGCAGUGGAUGCUUAAGGUCAAUGCCCAUUAUGGGUUCUCAGCUCUAACUGCAAUCUUGGCUGUUAACUAUCUAGACAGAUUCCUCUGCAGCUAUUAUUAUCAAAGAGACAAGCCAUGGAUGAUCCAACUUGUGGCUGUGACUUGUCUUUCUUUGGCUGCAAAAGUUGAAGAGACCCAAGUGCCUCUUCUCCUAGACCUCCAAGUUGAGGACACAAAGUAUGUGUUUGAGGCGAAAACCAUUCAAAGAAUGGAGCUUUUGUUGCUUUCUACGCUGAAAUGGAAGAUGCAUCCAGUGACUCCACUCUCAUUUCUUGAUCACAUCGUUAGAAGGCUUGGAUUAAAGACCCAUCUUCAUUGGGAGUUCCUUAGGAGAUGUGAACGUCUUCUACUUACUGUAGUCUCAGAUUCAAGAUCCAUCAACUAUCUUCCUUCUCUAUUGGCUACUGCUACAAUGAUGCACGUUAUAGACCAAGUUGAGCCCUUAAAUCGGAUGGACUAUCAAAACCAGCUCCUGUCUGUUCUUAAAGUCAGCAAGGAAAAGGUAAAUGAUUGUUAUGAACUCGUUCUCGAGCUAUCAAAGGCCAAAACCAAUGCUUCUGCUGUUGUCUACAACAAGUCUCAGAAGCGAAAGUACAAGCCAAUCCCUAGCAGUCCAAGUGGUGUGAUUGAUGCUGCUGUUUUUAGCUGUGACAGCUCAAACGAUUCUUGGGCUCUGGGUUCUUCAGUCUCUUCAUCACCAGAACCACUUUUUAAGAAGAGCAGAGCCCAAGACCAAUGGGUUUUUGCGGACAUCGUUGGCAGCCCUCGUUAAUCUAAUAAAAGAAAAACCUAUAUUUACUGUGUUUAUUUAUGUCUCUCUGUUCAAUUAAAUUGCCUCCUCCCUCCACCUCUGCAAUUCCAAGAUUGCCCUUUAUAGAAUCCUGCCAUGGAGAUGGGUGGCAUUUUUGAGAGAAGAGAGAAGGAUUGGAUGCAAGGGUCAAGCAUCUAUCUCCCUCUUAUUUUAUGUCUUUGGCACUGUACAAGACUCGUUUUAGAGUAUACUUUUAUAUGGACAUAUUAAUAUCAUAUUGAUAAAAUAAAUUCAAAGCAUUUUUGUUCA